UCGAGCUAACAGUUUAUUACGAGCGAUAGGAAGGUUCAUGUCCAUAUUUAUCUUGAAGCAGAUUCUGCGAAUUCUUAGAUAAUGUUCAAACUAGGGGUCUUACUAGCCUUGUCAGUCACUGUGGUUGUCAGCCAGAGUCUUUCUGUACUGGAAGAUACAAAUAAUGUGAUGGAAUGUCUAACCAACAACAAUAUCAGCGAGACCGAGUUCAAGGAGCUGAUAGACCGCAGCACCUCUGUAGAAGAUGAGCUUGAGAACACCGACAGGAGAUACAAGUGCUUUGUCCAUUGCCUGGCUCAAGGGAAUCUACUGGACUCCAAUGGCUACUUGGAUGUGGAGAUGGUUGAUCAGAUGGAACCUUUGAGCGAGGAACUUCGAGAGGUUCUCUAUGACUGCAAGAAGAUCCAUGACGGAGAAGAUGAUAUGUGCGAGUAUGCAUUUCUGAUGGUGACUUGUCUGACCGAAAGCUUAGAGCAAAGCGGUGAAGUCACACAAAAUACAAACAAAUUAAAUGAAUAAUCGAGCAAAAAACAGGUUAAGCAACCUAAA